AUGAAGGAGCUUCAUCUGAAAAAUGCAGGGUGCCAACAUAUUAGGAUUCAACCUUCGCUAAGAUUCGAAGAAGUUACAGGAGCACUGCUGUUAACCCCUUACGUCCUUGCGGCAGUGAUAUUGUACCCGCAUUCUGAUAGAGGUGCUCUCACUAUAGCGUCAUUGGCAACUUGCUUCCCUUUAGCCCUAGCAACAUAUGUAAGCAUCCCUCGUCUGGUUGUCGCACUUAGGAAGAAAGAUUUGUGUAAUAUCAAUCUCAAUGCCGAAGUUGAUGCCCAAAGGGUGGCUGAACCAGGAUCACUAUGGGCCUGUGCAUUAUACCUGUUAUACCUGAUAGGUCUCAGUGUGGUGUGUACCCGAGGUAGCCAGACUACUCUAUUCAAUACCAUUAUAGUGAACAUGGCUGUAAUGACCUUGAUGGGUCUAAUGGAUGAUAUGGUGCCGUUGGGAUACCCUGCUAAGAUCUUGGCUCCCGUUUUAGCUGCGAUACCACUUUACGUGACCCUGCACGGUACCGCGAGGCCAUCAGUUCCCCUAUUAUCGUUGAUUGGUCUAAGGGAUGCUUACGGUUUAGGUUAUUUAGGUCACUUUUUGGCCGUUCUUCUGACUGUAUUUUUCGUGAAUUCGAUAAAUAUCCAUGCUGGUAUUAAUGGUCUUGAAUUGGGAGAAUCUGCGGUUAUAGCAGUAUCACUUUUGGCUCACAAUUGUAUCGAGAUUGCAAAAACUGCUGCUAUAUCUGACAGUUCUACUGCGACUGAGUUAAUUGAGAAACAUCUUCUAUCGGUACAGCUGACGUUGCCAUUUUUAUCGAUAAGUGCUGGUCUGCUCUGUUACAAUUGGUACCCUGCAACUACCUUCGUCGGUAAUAUGUAUACUUCAUUAUCGGGUGCAUUAUUUGCUGCAACUUCGAUCCUUUGUGAUAGUUCGUUGAUGAUGCUCAUGUUAUUCGUACCUCAAAUGGUGAACUUCGUUGUAUCCAUACCACAGCUCAUUGGUAUUAUUCACUGUCCACGAUUCAGGGCGCCCAGGUUUAACCCGAAAACCGGAUUACUGGAACACACCAAGAAUUAUACACUACUGAAUGCUGCUCUUUGGGAAGUCAAGUUGUAUGCUGUGCAGUAG